ACCGUGGGAGUGCAGUGCAUUCUGGUUAGGUAUCACUUAGCUACUGCGGCCUCCUGCGUCACCCUUAAUGAAGAGAACUCGAGAUAGACACGGGCUUUUUACAUACUAACAGUCACCCAAUACUUUAUACGUGUAACUAUGCCCUUCGCGGUGAAUUGGAAGGUUUAGGGUGACAUUCUGUUCCACAUAACGCGGUUUAAUGUUCAGCAGUGCGUCUCAACAGGUUACCAAGUAGUCAAAACUGUACAUUAUUUAUGUAGGAGAGGGACGGACGGGACUCUAUAGAAUGAACCCGUCAGUGUUCUGGGUAAGAAAAAGACGACGGUGAGGAUAAAUUGUGUAUCAUGGAGCCUACGAAUGAAGGAGAACAGUUCACGGGGGCCCUGGCCAUCAGCACGGACAAGGACAUGAACAGCCCGCGUUCCUUACGAAUCCAGCACUAUCUCAGCGUCCGUCAUGCCCUGCCCAAGACCAAGAUCCACCGGGCGAUACUGUCCGAUAACGCUGGCCAGGACAGGCGUCUGGACAUGACCGUCUCCCACCUGUCCAGCACGCAGAAACGAAACAGAUUCUUUCACGAACAAAACAUUCGCACGUUUCUGAACAGGCAGAAGAGAAAACAAAAUAAAUGGAGGAGGGAGGACAACGUGCGUGUGGCGUCAAUGAAUUUACCCACGUACACGUACAGUGAAGCCAAGGAACGCCCGCGCGGGAUGGAGACAGUAUACCAUAACCCCCGGUACUCCUCCACCAGUGACCACGGCAAAAUCCACGUCCCCCUCAGCCCCAGGGUUCAGCUCCCUAGGGAACGCACGGAGAUAGUGCUGUACCGCGAUAAAACUGUUGUCACAAAAUUCCCCACGGUGGUCGACCUCGAUCCAAAGACGAUGGAGCGAUACGAGAAAUAUCGCGGAAAGGAUUACCUAGUGCGUGGGGUGCCAGCGCAGGACGAACGCUUUGGGAAACUGGCUACCUCCCUUGAAACGCUGCCGGUACAGGAGGAUCUUACACUCAAAGCUAUUCAGUUCCAGACUCAAACCACGCGGGGCGGUGUCUCCAGACAUGGUAAAAUACCCGCAAACUGGGCCCCACAGAGGAGUGUCACCGAGCCACAGAUAAAAGUCAUGAUGCCGAGCAUGGCGAGACAUCAGAGGUCUAACAGCAGCAGACUCAGCUAUAACUCGGGGUCCACUCAUUCUAAAAUAGAGUUUACAUCGGAGACAAGAGAACUAUCGAGGAAACAGUGACCGGUGUGAAAACAGUUGUACUAGUAACUUAGUCCUGUUAGCGUAAGAUGUCUGGCGUAUCUUCAGUAUCGUAACCAGGUUUUUGUUAUAUUGGUAUCUAUUCUAAAACAUUAAGAUUUAUGACAUAUUUAAAGGGAUAAUAACUCUUCGUGUGAGAUCUAUAUUUCACAAUAAAAACAUUGUGAAUAACUCAUAG